UCAAUACAAGAAUUCAGUACUGUGUGUUAAAAAGAGUGCACAAGUGCUCAUAUUUAAAGUGAUCAAUGAAAAAGCUGUCCCCUCCAAGAAUUUACAUCACGUCAGUAGACGAGGCCGCCAAUCAUCAGCCAGCAGCAUCAGCAUCACCGGUCCCGGUGGAACUAUUGCCUCAUUCGGCAGACGUUCAGCAGCAACCAAUUCCUUCGAUAGAUCUAACCAUGUCUUUGAACAAACAUCAGCAGCUUGACCACACGGGCUAUGGGUAUGACCAGGAGGAGACACAGCAGAUAAACGCGUCGCUGCCUGGCGUGUGUAAUGGAUUGGAAAUACAACAGAGUGCUGAACACAUUGACAAAAGCUCGGGUAAGUCUUUUUUCGCUAGAAAUUGGCUCAUUGUUUCACAGCCGUUGGCUCUGUUGGCAAUAUUCUUCCUGCUCUGGGGAGUUGCGUAUUCGGUGCUUCCCAGGCAACUCACCGAUCCGGACACACCGUUUAUGAGGCUGUGGUUUCUCUUCAUCGGCGCGCAAAUCAGUGGCAUUCUGGUUUCGCUGACUGGGCUGCCCGAUAUGCUGGGAAUGCUGUUUUGGGGCGUGCUGUAUACCAACGUUGGCUGGGCAGACUUCCAAGGAUUGCAAAAGGUGGAAGUUUUUCUCAGAGAAAUGGCCCUCGUCAACAUAAUGCUGCUGGCUGGUCUCGGUUUGGACUAUGAUUCCUUGAAGAAACUCUUUCGUUUCAUAAUGCAGCUUACCCUGAUCCCGACGGUGGCCGAGGUGGUGGCAAUCACCGUGCUGUCCAGAUACCUGCUGGAUUUACCAUGGCUCUGGGGUGUACUGUUGGGUUUGGUGGUAACAGCAAUUUCACCGAACGUUGUCGUCACCGUGCUGCUGCGCCUGAAGGAAGAGCGUCUUGGCAUGAAUAAAGGAAUUCACACAUUAAUCAUCGCUAUGACAAGCUGUAAUGAUGUUCUAGCAAUUUUCCUAUUUGGCGUCAUUUUGGGGGUGAUAUUCUCCACUGGUAACCUCACGAGUCAAAUCCUCCAGGGGCCAAUCGGUAUCGUAAUUGGUCUAGUGUUUGGCGGUGCAUGCGGUGCCGGGUUACUCUACAUGCCAUCCUAUCAAGCGAAAUACUCCAACGGCUUGCGCUUCUCGAUGACGAUUCUCGCCGGAACACUGUCGGUCGUUGGGAGCAAACUGAUUGGGUAUCCCUCAGCGGGGGCCCUAGGGUGCAUCGUGACGGCUUUUGUCGCUGGAACGGGUUGGAAGAAGCGCAUCGAUUACGACACCAACGAAGUUGGAAUGUACUUAGAUUUGCUGUGGAAAUUCUUGAAACCGGUUUCAUUCUCACUGAUUGGAAAGGAAGUCAACUUUUCGGUACUGGAAGGUAAUACGGUGCUAUAUGGAGCAAUAACUCUGUUAGUUGCUGUAUUGUUUCGGCUGAUUUUUUCGUACUGUUCAACGCUUGGUAGUGACCUGAACUGGAAGGAGAAAGCCUACGUCACACUGUCUGGCUUCCCAAAAGCUACUGUACAAGCGGCUCUUGGUCCCGCUGCCCUGGAUCUGGCACGUAGUUUAAAUGCAACAGACGAUCUACCUCGUGCUCAAACGGUUCUUAUUGUAACGGUUCUUGCAAUUAUUUUCACAGCUCCUUUGGGCGCUCUUCUCAUGAUCAAACUAGCUCCAAGGUGGUUAAGGAAAGGUGUGCCUGAAGGUAAUGGUAUCUGACAGAACGAUAGCAACUAUUGUACUUAGCAGAAAUGUAUUGGCUUAAUCUUAAAUCACACUCAACGGGUAACAU